AUUUAAUUUGAUGCAUUGCCAAUUUAUAAGCAUCCAUCCACUGCUCUCUAUUCUUAUAAUUAAAAGCAUCUCAUCCUGUAGGACUAGCUCGGAGAAACAGUUUAGGCAAUACACAAGUUGGAAGAGCCCCUGAAUUCCUGCUUGGGAUUCAAUAUACCCAUAAAUAUAAGAAAUAAUUAGGCCAUGCAGCGCCUCCGGGUUCCUCCUUCCUCUGGCACAGAGACUAGCAACGAGAAGAAGAGAAAGAAAGAAGAGAGAGCGGAAGGCAGGACUGAGAAGAAGGCCAAGAGCAAGUUGCCGGAGAGUGACUACAUCCAUGUACGAGCUCGCCGAGGCCAAGCCACUGACAGUCAUAGCUUAGCUGAAAGAGUUAGAAGGGAAAGGAUAAGUGAGAGGAUGAAGUGUUUGCAAGGCUUGGUGCCUGGUUGCAACAAGAUCAUGGGGAAAGCCAGCAUACUCGAUGAGAUCAUAAACUAUGUGCAGUCUCUCCAAAGUCAAAUCGAGUUUCUGUCAAUGAAGCUGGCUGCUGUAAAUCCUGGAAUGCCCUUCAAUAUUAGCAGUUCAUUAUUCCAUGAAGAGUUAAAUUCAUCCUGCAACUCCAGCAGCAUUGCAGGAAUUAGCCUGCCUUUCAUUAAUGAUCAGUCGGAGCUCUUGCAAUCUGCUAAUGAUUUCUUGGGUCCACACAUCGCCAUGAAUCCACAAGAGACUCUGCUCCAAAACAUCAGCUCUACACCUAUCCAGUUUCACGCUAGCUUCAAUGUUCUUGGGUGUUCUGCUUGGGAUGAGAGGGACCAGUAUGAGCAGCUUUGAUGGCCUGGAAUUCCAUCAAGGGAAGGACUAAGUUUGAGAAGAAGAAGAAGAGGAAACGUUGAUGGUUGAGAGAUCCAAUAACAUUGAUCAGUGUGAACGUGCUUUAAAAUUUCAGAGAUUUGCAAACUGGGAACGCUCUUCAUUUCACAGCAACAGGGGAAAGGCCUUUUGUUUCGAGAAAGAAACAUUUCAUGGUGUAAUAUUUCUUCUCUUCCAGUACCUGUUUUUCCCAUUCUAAUUUGUCUUUAACAACCUUGGUUAAUUCGGAGCUCCAAGUUCAGACUUCAAACCUGCUUGAAGGUGUGGGCUUCAUGUAUCUCUGUAAUGUUCUUGCAGACUACUGUAAUAAUCUACAAGUCUGCUUCAUUUAAA